AUGGAGGCGAGCGUUGGUACACUGUCUGCUCCGGAUGGCUCGCAGACUCGCAGCUCAAGCCGAGCACCAAGUGCACCACGAAGAGAAGAGACAAGCGACUCAGAGAAAGCAGGGAGAGUCUGGGCGCGAACGGUGAAGGAUCCAUGGGAUCCUUGCAUCCUGACCUUGGACGGCGGAGGCAUUCGCGGCUACAGCAGUCUACUCAUCCUGAAAGAGCUGAUGCAUGAGGUGUGGGAAUGGGAGAAGUAUUACGACGAACAUUCAACAGAUGAACGCACGGCGGACCUUUCAACUCGAAUCGCCGCAAGCGAGGAAGAACUUCUUCCUUGCCACUAUUUCGACUUCAUGUAUGGAACGUCUACCGGCGGUCUCAUUGCCACUAUUCUCGGCAGACUGCGCAUGACUGUGACGGAAGGUCUGGAGCUUUACAGGAAAGUCGGAGACGAUCUGUUUGGGAGAAGACGAAGCAGAGUGCCUUUGAUGACAAAGUAUUACCACGAGCCCCUUGAGAAAGCCGUUCGUGAGAUCGUGAGCAGUCGCUGUCACGAGCAUGAAAACUGCGACGGGAACGAUCUUCAUCCGUGGGAAGCAGAUCGCUUCGACGAACUUCUUGCCAAGCCAAUACCAUUCGACGUUGACCAGCCGCGAGUCUGCCAGUCAUGCUGCUUGACCGCAACGCAUAACGAAAACAUCUCUGAGGCUUACCUGUUGAGAUCUUAUCCGCAUUACUAUUCUGAGAGCGCGCCUAAUUGGAUCACAAGAUACAAUGAAGGUGCGGAUGCGAUUCCGAUCUGGCAAGUGACUCGAGCGACUACUGCAGCACCGUUCUACUUCGAAAUGCUUGGGGCCAUGGUCAACAACGAGUUGAAGUCCUUCAAAGACGGCGGCAUUCGCGAGAACAAUCCAAGCGGUGCAGCCCUGAGCGAAUUCCAUGCUCUCUACGAAGGCCGAGCAAGUGAUCCAGCAUUGAUGCUUAGCAUCGGCACCGGACGUCCCAAUCAGUCUCACGAUGGUUUUGCCGCGGCGUGGCCAUCAUCCUUUGGACGCCUGGCGAUCGUCAGCAAAUUCCUAGAAAAGCGUGCCGUAAUCCAGAAUCUGUUGAUCAAGUACACGGAAGGUGAAAAGCAACACAAACAGAUGCGCGAGCACGCUCAUGGCGAGCACACAUGGUACAAACGCUUGAAUGUUUCCGAGGGGCUUGAGAGCAUGCCGCUCGAUCUUUGGGAGAAGGGGGACUGGACUGAUCCUAAGACCGGCGAGACGAAGUCGAAUAUCCCAGGAGGUGCAAGUCUUACGCGUAUGGAAGAGGCAACUGAGGAGUAUCUGGAGCGACCAUUCAAUCCCGACAUUGACUCGUAUGCGCCACCCAAGACGAUGCUUAGGCAGGCUGCGCAGAAAUUGGUGCUCCAGCGCCGGAAAAGAGCUGAAGAAGGCGGCGAAAGAUGGGACACUUUCAUUGGAAAGCACUUGCAUAGACCAAAGAGUGUACCACUGAAAUCGAACGGGCAGGCUGGCUGAAGAUUUGGUGCAUUUAUUUACGCACGCAGUCCACGGUCGAUCGUGUAGCUCGCUGCCCACCAGCAAGGCAGCAAAUUCGUCUCAGUCUGGGAUACAAGAACAACCAAAAAGACUCGACAGAAGAUUUGGCGCAUUUUCCUAUU